AUGUUAUAUCUCACUGCAGAUAAAUUUCCUGUUUUCGUACCGUUCGGUGUCAUUGGAUUCUACCGAUACCUGUGGUAUAUUAUUCGAUUACUUGCCAGAGCGGCAUAUCGACCCAUCCCACUACCUGAAAAUCCAACUUAUAUAGCUGCUGAAGAUGUCACCAUUAUCGUACCUACAAUCGACGCGGGAGAGGAGUUCAGAGAGGCUGCAUUCUCAUGGUUGGAAGGUUCACCUAGAGAGAUCAUCAUCGUCACCGAAGACAAAAUGUUGGGACCUUUACAAGAUCUCGCCAACUCAGUCGAUCCAUCUAGAAUACGAGUGUUAACUGUCCCAUUCGCCAAUAAACGGUUACAGAUGGCCCAUGGAAUACGAAACACCACUACGGAUAUCAUCGUUUUCGCAGACGAUGAUGCGAUCUGGCCACCUACAUUAUUGCCAUCGGUAUUGGCAUGUUUCGAAGAUCAACAGAUUGGUGGAGUGGGAACUAGUCAACGUGUCAAACCAUGUGGAGAUAAAAUGACGAUAUGGGAAGUUUUAGCUGCAUUCAGAUUGACAAUCAGAAACAUCGAAAUCGCUUCUUCCACACAUAUAGAUGGUGGAAUACCUUGUUUAUCAGGUAGAACAGCAGCGUACAGAACCGUCAUUCUGAAAGAUCCAGAUUUCUUACAUGGUUUCACCAAUGAUUUGUGGUUGGGGAAAUAUCAUUUGAAUUCAGGUGAUGAUAAAUUCUUGACGAGAUGGAUGGUCUCUCAUGGAUGGAAUACAUAUGUUCAAGUUUGUAAAGAAGCUGAAUUACUUUCGACGAUGAAACCAAAUUGGAGAUUUUUAAAACAAGUUUUAAGAUGGACUAGAAAUACUUGGAGAUCUGAUUUUAGAUCAAUCUUCACUGAGAGAUACGUUUGGACAAAACAUCCUUAUGUGGCUUAUACAAUGAUUGAUAAAUUUAUCAAUCCAUUAACUCUUUUAGUCGGUCCUGUAUUAGUCAUUUAUUUAAUUGCGAAAAGUACAAAAGAUGUCAAUGAUGGUGGAUAUCAUUUACCCGCUUGGAAUAUCAUCGUAUCGUACCUUGUCUGGCUCAUGGUCACCAGAACAGCUAAAUUACUUCCCCAUCUAUGGUAUCGACCUUCCCAUAUCAUCUACGUUCCAGCAUGGAUCUUGUUCGGGUAUUACUUCGCCAUCAUGAAACUCUACGCUCUAUUCACGCUACACGAGACUGGAUGGGGUACACGAGCUGGUAUCGGAGACCCUGCCACUGCGACCACCGCCGCUCAGUCAGAGAAGAAAGCUGACCCCGCUUUCGGCGGACAAGGUACUGGUACUCAUGGAGUGUAUGAUGCAGAAGCCAACGGAGCACCACGGAAGGGAUAG